GGCAAGUCUGCUGUGUCCCCCUUGCAUGUGACAGCCUGUGCUGUCUGAUGGUUUCAGGCAUGAUCAUGCGUAUGACUGCCGAAUCCCAGCCUAGGAAGAUCUCGCUCCAAUACUCCAAGUGGAUGUUGCAGCUGCAACAAGAGAGAAACCGUGAGAUUUGGGAAUAGCCUAGACGUUUUCUGGCUGCAAGGAUUUGUGUUUGUUUAUUUCUUUCUUUUGCAGUCUUCUCCAGUGAUGUGUUGACAGUCUAAACAAUCGCCUGAGACCAAUGAAAUACACAAAACUGUAUCUCUGCGAUGAUCAGCCUUCUAUAACAAGCAUGGGAUCCGACAAUUGCCAUCUGUGGCUGAGACCUCAUCAAAGUAGUGUUGGGGAUUUCGAGCAAGAGGUGGUGGAAGAAGAGCACUGCAACUUUUGAAAUCAUCAACAAAAAAUCAAAACAAUUCAUCCUUUUUUUAUUGGAAUUCUACCUCCUGUCAUAGAGGAACGCAGCAAUGGGACUUACCUAAAGUGGAUUUCUGCUUCUUUAUGAUCUUGUCUUUUUUUUUCUGCUUUAACUGCCUUUCACCAUUUCUUCUUCUGGAUCCACAAUGGUUAAGUAAACAGAAUGCUCAGUGAUCCCAACCAUGUCCAGGGCAGUAAGGGUGGACUUCCUUCAUAGCCUGAAGCCUUCAGUCCUCACCAUGGCCAAUUAAAAGUCCAUCCAUCCUGAGAGUAUAUACAGCAGUGGAUGUGUCUGUUCAUACCCAACUUCCAAGAUUGUUUUUUUUUUGGAAGGACUAAUUAGUCCCUGUAGCCUAAAUGACUCUGAUGAGCGAUGCAUUCGGGUGCUGGGAGGCAAGAAGCUCACCAUGUUAGAGUUGAACCAAACUACACUACUUUGCACAGAUUUUUUGCCUUAGAGAGAAAUAAGGGUAUUUUUUUAUUUAUUUUUUCUCUUGCUGCUUAAUCAUUUGGGGAAGUCGGCACAGUUGAGUAGUCUAAGCCUUUGUUUAUUGUUUUUGUUUUUUGAGCAUCUCCUUAUGUGUGUGGUCCCUGAUGGUCCUAGCCAGGCUCUGGGAGAGCCUGACAUCUCAGCCUGUGCCUCUCCCCCUCCUUGGCUCCCUCUGCACUAGGAUGUUGCGGAAGGUUCUGCACAGGGGGCUGAGAACGUGCUUUUCAAGACUCGGGUUUUUUAUCGCCAGCCAUCCAGUGUUUUUUGUGUCAGCUCCAGUGCUCAUCUCCAUUUUGCUGGGGGCCAGCUUCAGUAGAUACAAGGUGGAGGAGAACAUUGAGUAUCUGCUAGCUCCUAAGCACAGCCUAGCCAAGAUAGAGAGGAACCUGGUGGAUAGUCUCUUCCCAGUCAACCGUUCAAAGCACCGUCUUUAUUCUGAUCUUCAGACGCCUGGGAGGUACGGCAGAGUCAUCAUAACUUCAUCCAGGAGAGCAAACAUGUUGGACCAACAUCACACGGAUCUCAUCCUAAAGUUGCACUCUGCAGUGAAAAGAAUUCAAGUCCACCGUCCAGGGUUUAAUUAUACAUUUGCUCACAUUUGCAUGUUGAGCAAUGAGAAGACUUGCAUAGUGGAUGAUAUAGUACAUAUUUUGGAGGAACUUAAGGCAUCUCGGUCCCUUAAUCGAACAAACUUUAUCAUCACCUAUCCCAUCACACAGUUAAAGGAUGGCAGAGAAGUGUACAAUGGGCACCAAUUGGGAGGUGUCACCGUGCACAGCAAAGAUCGGGUUAAGUCUGCUGAAGCAAUUCAGCUCACAUACUAUCUGCAGGCAAUCAACUCCCUCAAUGAACUGGUGGCUGAAAAGUGGGAAUCCAUUUUCUGUGAAACCGUAGAAAGCUUUCAGAAAUUAAACAUAGAGGUCAAAAUGUACCCUUUCACGUCUUCAUCUCUAGGAGAAGAUUUUCAGAAAACCAGCAGGGUUGCAGAACGUUACCUGAUUACAAGUCUUAUGUUAGUCGUCUCACUGGCCAUCUUGUGCUGCUCCAUGCAAGACUGUGUCCGAAGUAAGCCAUGGCUUGGUCUGCUUGGGCUGGUGACCAUCUCUUUAUCUACACUCACCGCUGCUGGAAUCAUCAAUCUCACUGGAGGAAAAUACAAUUCCACUUUCUUGGGUAUUCCAUUUAUCAUGCUAGGUCAUGGAUUAUAUGGAACAUUUGAAAUGCUGUCAUCUUGGAGGAAGACUAGAGAAGACCAACAUGUAAAAGAAAGGACAGCAGUUGUGUAUGCAGACACCAUGAUUUCCUUCUCUCUCACCACUGCCAUGUAUCUUGUUACCUUUGGGAUUGGUGCCAGUCCCUUCACAAACAUCGAAGCUGCAAGGAUAUUUUGCCGCAAUUCAUGUAUAGCAAUCUUCUUUAACUACCUCUACAUAAUAUCAUUCUAUGGCUCUAGCCUUGUGUUUACUGGGUACAUUGAAAACAAUUACCAGCAUAGUAUUUUUUGCAGGAAGGUGCCAAAGCCUGAAAUUCUACAGGUCAAAUCAUUGUGGUACAGGUUUCUUAUGACUGCAAGAUUUAGUGAAGACACAACAGACUCUGAAGAAACAAACUCCUAUGAAAGUCACCUUUUGGUUUGCUUCCUUAGACGAUAUUACUGUGACUGGAUAACAAAUACAUAUGUAAAACCUUUUGUAGUUCUCUUUUACCUUGUUUAUAUUUCCUUUGCCUUAAUGGGCUACUUGCAGGUCAAUGAAGGGUCUGACCUGAGUAACAUAGUUGCAACUGAGACACGGACCAUUACAUACACUGCAAUCCAGCAAAAGUAUUUCAGUAACUACAGCCCAGUUAUUGGCUUCUACAUCUAUGAAUCUAUAGAAUACUGGAAUACAAGUGUCCAGGAGGAUGUUCUUGAAUACACCAAGGGAUUUGUAAGAAUAUCAUGGUUUGAGAGCUACUUAAACUAUCUCAGAAAACUUAAUAUAUCUACUGGAUUACCCAAAAAGAAUUUCACUGACAUAUUGAGAUACUCUUUUCUGAAAAACCCAAGGUAUGCAUAUUUUUCAGAAGACAUUAUCAUACCCAAGAAAUACAACAACGAAGUAGAUGUUGUGGCCUCUAGGAUGUUUCUGAUUGCAAAGACAAUGGAAACAAACAGGGAAGAACUCUAUGAUCUUCUUGAAACUUUAAGGAAACUUUCUCUUACAUCCAAAGUAAAAUUCAUUGUCUUCAAUCCCUCCUUUGUCUACAUGGACCGAUAUGCUUCUUCAAUUGGAGCUCCAUUACAAAACUCCUGUAUAAGUGCUUUGUUCCUACUGUUUUUUUCAUCAUUUCUUGUUGCCAGCUCUAUCAUCAAUAUUUGGAUAACACUAACUGUGGCCUCUGUAGCAUUUGGAGUAAUCGGUUUCAUGACAUUAUGGAAGGUUGAGUUAGACUGCAUAUCUGUACUUUGCCUAAUCUAUGGGAUUAACUACACCAUAGACAACUGUGCACCACUAAUAUCAACAUUUAUCUUGGGUAAAGAAUUUACUAGGACUAAAUGGGUGAAAAAUUCAUUAGAAUUGCAUGGGGUAGCCAUUUUACAGAGCUACCUCUGUUACACUGUUGGUCUGAUCCCUCUUGCAGCUGUGCCUUCAAAUCUGACCCGUACACUGUUCAGGUGCUUGUUUUUGAUAGCAUUUGUCACAUUCUUUCACUGCUUUGCAAUUUUGCCAGUUAUGCUGACUUUUGUUCCACCCUCAAAGAAGAAGAGGAAAGAAAAGAAAACCCAGGAAAACCGUGAAGAGAUAGAAUGUGUUGAAAUGGUGGACCUAGACAGCACUAGAGUGGUUGACCAAAUAACAACUGUUUGAUUUUUUUUAAUUUUUUUUGCAUUUUCUAAGUUUCACCCUAGGUCUUACUAAGGGAAUGUUUUGAUGGAACUUCUUUGAGACACAAUUAUCCAAUACAACCCAUUCAAUGGAUGAUACAAAAAAAAAGAACUUUUAGCCUCAGUACAAAGAAAAGAUAAACAUAAAGCUGAAUUACAGUGGUUUAGGAAUUGGUUAUAUGGUGGUAGAAUAUUCCAAAUGUUAGAUAAAUCUUAGAACAGUUUAUUAUUUUGGUUCAAAUGUUCAUAUGUUUAGAUAAAAAAAAAAACAGUGCCCUCUCUCACUCACGUGUACACAUCCUACCACCUUCCUCUACCCACUCUCUUGGUUGAGCCUUCUCUCUCUCCCUUCCCCACUUCUAUUUCUCUCUUAUAUCCUCAUUUUCGUUAUAUGUUUUCUCUCCACUAAUCCCUGGAGCUGAUUCAUAAAGGAACUGUUGGCCUAUAGCUACAAGCCCAGUUUCAGCUAUUUUCUAUCAAAUGGGUAAUCUAACUUGAUGGACAACUUAAUUGCUUGUCCCCAAGCUAUUUAUCCAUCCUUCCUCCCUUUCUCGUUCUUUUUCUCUUUCUCUUUCUCACUUCCAACACAAGCACAUAUAAACAAGUGGUUUCAAUUGCUUACACACUGUAAAAGAAAAUCGCUUUGACACAUUUUGUCCAACUCUCUGUUUUAUAUUCUUUUAGAGUAAAGUCAAUAAAUAGAAUUAAAAUGAGACUGCAACAUUCUUAAAGUAAUUUGUAUUAAUUGUUUAAGCAGGAAAUGCUAUUUCAAUGCUGCUCAUAAGGCUGUUACUGUUGCUGAGUCCAAACGCCUACAAAGGUCAGCUGUUCAUAAAGAGUUAGUUCAAUGUUCUCAUACACAUUCCAGCAUUUUUGUAGAUUUAUAGAUCUUAGCUUAUCCCUUUACUACAUAAAUCCGCUUUUCGAGCCUUGUGUUUAAAUUUUGCUUUUUUUAAGCUGUUAUAUAUAUUUUUUGAUAUAAAACAAAAUAUGCAGCAUUGUAGUGUCGAUUAAAACACAUUAUUAAAUAAAAACUGCAUUGUAGUAUUAUUGUACAGCACGCACAUUUAUAAGUUAGGACAGUUUAUGGCAAAUCUUUGUAACUUAAAGUGGAGAUCCAACCACAAUUAGUAUUUUUUAAAUGUAUGUCCUUUCAUCAUGCGUUUUUAUAAUAUAAAUCCGGUC